AUGCUCUAUGCUACUGAUGGCGUUUCCAGCGACGAUGAUUUCCAAAAGGCCAUGGUCGGAGUUGCCAGCGUAUGGUACGAAGGCAAUCCAUGCAAUCGACAUCUCCUCGGACUGGGCCAGGCGGCCAAAAAGUCCCUGACAGAUGCUGGGAUAAUUGGCUACCAGUUCGGCACGGUGGGCGUCAGCGAUGGGAUCAGCAUGGGAACACGAGGGAUGUCGUACUCCCUGCAAUCGCGCGACCUCAUCGCAGACCAGGUCGAGACCGCGGCUGGCGGUCACUGGCUUGACGGGAUGGUUGUCAUCCCCGGGUGCGACAAGAACAUGCCCGGCGUGCUCAUGGCGCUUGGGCGUCUGAACCGACCUGGCCUGAUGGUGUACGGGGGGACAAUUCGUGCAGGCUCGUGCGCUGGUGCGCCGCAGCUGGACAUCGUCUCUGCGUUUCAGGCGUACGGGCAGUACCUGCAGGACGGCAAGACAGAGGCGGCCGAGCGGGAGCGGUACGACACGAUCCGGCACGCGUGUCCUGGGCCGGGCGCGUGCGGCGGGAUGUACACGGCGAACACGAUGGCGAGUGCGGCGGAGGCGAUGGGGAUGACGCUGCCGGGCUCGUCGUCGUUCCCGGCCGAGUCGGCGGAGAAGGAGGCGGAGUGCCGGAGCAUCGGCGGCGUGAUGCGCGGCCUGCUCGAGAAGAACCUCCUGCCGCGUGACAUCAUGACGCGCUCUGCGUUUGAGAACGCCAUGGUCCUCACCAUGAUUCUUGGUGGCUCGACCAACGCCGUCCUCCACCUCAUCGCCAUCGCCCACUCGGUCGGCAUCGAGCUCACCCUCGACGACUUCCAGGCCGUCUCAGAUCGCGUCCCCUUCAUCGCAAACCUCAAACCCAGCGGCCAGUAUGUCAUGGAAGAUGUGUAUAAGCUCGGCGGAAUCCCCAAGAUCUUGGCAUAUUUGCUAAAGAACAACCUCAUCGAUGGUGAGACCAUGACUGUGACAGGUCUCACCCUGGGCGAAAACCUCGACAGAUGGACCCACAAGUAUGGCGAGCUGUCAUUUACCAAUCAAGACAUCAUUCGGCCCCUAGAGAAGCCAAUCAAGGAGACUGGCCAUCUCAGAAUUCUACGCGGAAACCUUGCGCCCGGUGGUGCAGUCGCAAAGAUCACAGGGAAGGAAGGACUCGGCUUCACGGGCAAAGCUCGUGCAUUUGAUAUCGAAGAUGACUUUGUUACCGCUGUCGAGAGCGGGUCAAUCAAGAAGGGUGAGAAGACCGUCGUCGUCCUCAGAUACCUCGGCCCGAAGGGUGGACCAGUCUCAUCAUGGGCGCUGGACUCGGUCACGAUGUUGCGUGCCUAA